AUAGGACAAUAUCAAUAAAAAAUUUCCAAUAUUUUGUAGAACAACAGUUUAUAUUUCCAAUAUCAUAAAAACGCAGUAAAAAUAAAUUCACAACACAUCAGGCUAACACCCUGAUGUGUUUUGAAUAAAGUCAAUAUAUAGGAAAAAGUAUAUAUAAUAUAUAAAAUCUUUAAAAACUAUAAGAAUUAUAUAAUCUUUAAAGAAUUUUAAUUCGUUUCUCCAGAUGUCAAGCAAUUAUGUUGCAUUCCGGUUCAAAACACCAUAUCUGCAUUCAAUGUAUGCCCCAAUGGCCUGGUUAGUAGACUCUGCAAAUUGUUAUUGGCCUUGCAAUCUAACAGAGGAAGAAGAAGAGAAGUUAAUUGAAUCUUGUGUUGAACCUCUUACUGGAGUAUAUGAGUGGCAGCUCUACCAGGGUAGUAUUCUAAGAAAGAAUACAUCCAGUACUUCUAGAUUGUCUGUGUUAGGGAACUGUUCUCCUGCCAAGAGUAGAGAACAAAGUCCUACUGCCAUGGCUGCAGGACUUACUUCAUCACCAAUCAGGACUAGUAGCCCCAACAUAAGAGUAACAGCUGAUGCUGACUCUGAUGUGUGGUGUAAUGGAACCUUGGAAAAUUUGUAUAAACACCGAAAGAAAGCUAGUGAUAUGUCUCAAACAGAAUUUAAUCAGCACAUGCUGAAUUUUACCUAUGUAGUAAUGGAUGCACUUAAUAUAAACACUGUUUUACGCAAUAGAAAGCGCUCUGCAAGUUCUAAAAGCCAAACAAACAGAGACUCCUCUGAUGAUGAUGCAGUUGAGGAUGAUUCUGUUUUAGGACGCCUGCCUAUGACCACAAAAGAACAAUAUUAUAAGCUGGAGGAAAAACUGAAAAAUGAAUCUUUUGUCAAAACUUGGAAAAAGUUGCUUUUGGAACGUUUAAAGGCACUCAAGCUUGAUACAUUAGCUGCAACAACUGCAGCUAAAACGAUUAUGAGUGAAAUCUUCUCUCAAGACAUGCUGAAAAACAUGUGCUAUGCUGGGCACAAAACAUAUAAGGAGAAGAAGAUGGCAGUCAAAAAUGGAAUUGUGUACAUCACACUGAUAGCUGUGCUAAAAAAACUGGGACACAAAGACGUAAUGAAGAUCGAAAAAGGUCUUAAAGACGCCAUGUACAAGGCAAAUGAUAAUAUUACGAAGGAGAUCAGGAAAAAAAAAUUGGAAUAAAAAUUGUUCUCAUAAA